CAAUCGACCCACCGCCACAACCUAUCGUCCGAGUAAAUGUUGUGAGAAGUGCUUGAAGACAGUUAAAUUUUGUUUAAGUAGUUACAAUUUUCCAAAAAAAACGGCAUCAAAUUGACGCACCGAAAUGGCAACUCGCGGCGGUCCAAUGGUCGCGGGCACCGACGGCAACGACUUCGAGUUUAGGCAGAAAGUGGCCAACACAUAUCAAAUUAGCUUGUUGAACAAAUCGCGCCUAAAGUACUGCAUUUUCUUUCAUGCCCUGCUAUUCUUUGUCAUGCUGGCCAAGCUGACGUCGGAUAUAUUGGAUCGCUUGGACAUAUUUGUGCUAGAAAUCGAAGAGUUGGAGGUGCCGCCGCCGCUAUGGUGGGAGUACGUUUGGGCUGCCUCGCUGCUCACCUCAUUUCUUGGCCUCUCAGCGUCCCGCGGCAAUAAGGUGCGCGAUAUGCAAAAGUAUAUUAUUGCAAUUUUCGUAAUGGCUGUGCUGCCGCUGUUAUAUUGUUUCGCCUAUUACUCGAGUGACGUGUGGGAGUUUUUGACCAUGGACAAGUCCGUGGCACUCGAUGAGACAGACAUUUUUCUAUGGCGCGGUUUUCCGUAUGGAGUGUUCUGGUAUGGUUUUUGUUUUGUAGGCUUUCAGAUACACGGAUUCACACUGUACUUCGCGUACAACCUAGUCAAAGCCUGGAAGGCACGCACAGCCACACGUAAAUUUCAGUAAAUCACUUGGGCCAUGGAAAACGACAAAGCAAGAAGCUGUAGGGCUAGUUGUAAAUAAUUUGAAACAAAAGGAAUAAAAACUAUCUCUCUAGUGCACAAAAGCAAAACAUAAAUAAUAAAGCAGCUGUUAGAUUAACGCACGUUUUUAGUACAGUCAAGACAUAAUAGUUUCUGAAAAAAAAAAAGUAUACAAAUAAUUACCAACGUUAAAGUUAUUGUUAAAGUUAAAACGUUCAAGCGUUACAUACAUUACAAACUAUAAAUCUAUACCUAUAUAUACAUACAAUACACAUGCAACCUUAUAAAGUCGAGUCGACAACAAUGCAACUGAAGCCACCAAAUUUCCCAAUACAAAAUGGAAACAAAACAAUAACAAGAUAUAAAUUUAAUAUUCUUUUUUGUGGUCUUACAUUUCGACGUGCCUCGUGUUUGUUAGAAACGGUUAAUAUAUAAUUAUUAAGUACUUACGUUUAUAUUGAUAUAUAUACGAUAAAUGAGUACAUUUGAAACUAUUAGGUUUUAAACAAAACUAUCGAAAUGUUUUUAUUGCGUUUAUGUUUUUGAUUUUUUUUAAAAAGCACAUGCGUAUAAUUCAUUUGUUUUUUAAUGUAUGUGUGUCAUUUGUUUUUGUAAACUGCCCAAAAAAUAUAUAUUUAUACUUUACGAAUUAACGAUUUUACGAUUAUUUAAAUGCGAUUUGACUGUUUAAAUAAAGUCAAAGUUUUCAAAAACCAAAAUAACAAAUUUGUAAAACAAAUAAUGUGAAAUGUAUUUAAAAAAUUUCACGAAUUUAAAUACUGUUUUUCGAAUGGUCAUUUACUGUCCGAAUUUAUAAGUAGUUUUUAAAAAUCAAUCAAUAAAGAUGCAUAUAUAUUUGUUCUUCUGAGUGGGUUAAACAACAAAUGUGUAUUUCUCAAAUGGAGGCAGUGAAUGAAAUCAUAUUUUCGUAUACAGAUCUGUCAGCUGGAUAAGACUAAUUUAUAUGCUAUGAGAAUAGCUAUAAAUUAGAUAUACGCAUGUAUGUUUAUAUUAGUCACUCAAAGUAUGCAACAAAAAUUUAACAUAUACAGGCUCUGCUGUUGCACCAACAGAGGCCAUGUAGCAUAUGAAAUUCUAUGGUGUUGUAGAUGCAUAACAGCAGAGGGCGAACAUGCAAACCUCCCCAAUAUGUUCACCAUUUUCACCAGCUGAGUUUGGCCCAAACAUGCAAUGCUGCUGACCAGCCAACAUUGCGUCCAGUUAGUGGCCGUUUGUGCAGCGCGUCGUGACGUCGCGUCGCUUUGCUGCAAGUUCCAAGUUGCGCAACUCGCACAGCUGAGAGAAGAGAGAAAUAGAGGAGGAAAAAGAGAGAGCCGCAACAAAUGAGAGCAAUGGCUGCUGGCACACAGCUUCCGCAGCAUCAAGCAUUUCCGUUCGCUCUCAGCACAUUUCGACAUCGCCUGUAGGAACAACGGACGCCAACAUUUUUCAACAGUUUUUGGCCAAAAGUAAACAAGUGAAAUUAAAAAAAAAAAAAA